AUGAGCUCGAAACAUCAUAAAGACAUUUCUUUCAGACUAACAACUUUCUUUCUGAAAGUCGUCGGCUUGUGGUUAAGCACUAACCGCUUUGAAAAAUGGCUGAGAAAUGCCGUAGUGGUGUAUAGUACUCUAACAAUCAUCUUCUCUAUGUGGAUGCAAUCAAGAAGCCUUUAUUUCUCUUGGGGAGAUUUUAGCGUCUCCUCUAACAUUGCGUGCAAUUUAUUAGGACUGUUCAUGGAUUUGUUCAAAAUUUUAAUUAUAUUUAUACACAAGGAGAAGUUCUUUCGCUUAAUCGUACACAUGCAGAAGAAUUUCUGGCAUUUCAAUUACGAUCAGUACGAGAACUCGGUUCUAGCGGACGCGAGACGAAUGUGCAUUUACUUCGUCUGUGUCUUCUCACUCUUCUCUCAAACCACGAUUUUUUCCUACAUGUUUACCUCGAGGGAAAAAAAUAAAUUCGUGAACAAUCGAAUUUUAGCAAAUGUUGGAAGGAAUAACUCAGAAAGGAUACUCAUAUUUAAUAUGCAUAUGGAUCUAUUGUCCAUCUCGCCAUAUUAUGAAAUUACGUACCUGAUACAGGCAUUGACUUUGUACCAGGUUGGCGUCUGUUAUCUUUGCAUCGACGAUAUAUUUUGCAUUAUGUGCCUGCACGUAGCUAGUCAGUUUCGUAUAUUGCAAUAUAGGAUAACGAACGUGCCAAGUCUAAAGGGCAAAGAUAAACUCGAUCAGGACGAUGGCUCAAAUAAGUGCUACGCGAUAUUUAAAAAUUGCAUAAAACAGCAUCAAACUCUCAUUGAAUUCUCUACCACGCUCGAGGAGAUAUUUACAAUAAUCGUACUCGGGCAAGUGUUAACGUUUAGUAUAUUAAUUUGUUUCGUCGGAUAUCAGACGUUUUUGGUUAAUCGCUUCUUGAAAAAUUUGAUGUUUAACACUCGCGGUACUUUCUACCAGAACUGUUUAAUUAUCGGCGAUAUACAUCGUGAUAUACAGGUGGAAUUGACAUUUUCAUGGCGCAUUUCUCUUGUAUGUUUCUUAAUGACUAACAUAUGGCAAUUAUGGAUCUUCACGUAUAGUUGCGAUUUCGUGGCGCGAGAAAGUAUGAAUAUUGCUAAUGCCGCGUACGCUACACCAUGGAUUUAUUUACCGAUGGACAGAUUUGGAAAAAUGAUACGAAAGGAUUUGCAACUUGUAAUAAUAAGAUCGAGACGAGCCUGUUAUCUCACCGCCUGCGGCUUCUUUCCCAUAUCCCUUGAAACUUUCACCAAGGUAAUAUUAUCUGUAAUUCCUUCUAUUUUCUACAGCAUUAACAAAUUAGUCCCUUUUCUUUUCAAUAAUUCAUUCGAUAUUUUGCCGUAAUUUUUUUUCAAUUAUUAUAAUAACGUAACGUCUUCAUGUUACAGAUCAUGAGUUCCGCAAUGUCGUAUUUCACUAUACUGAAGCAGCGAACAGUGAAUACAGCAGGAUAA